AUGUUCAAGAGGCUGUCGGAACGCUUUCCCACCGCAGCCACGCGACUAGAGGCCUAUACUGGCGUUAUCACUCACGACGUCAAUGCUACUUCACCUUCACUGGAGUCAUCCACCGCUACUUCGCCGUCUUUCGAUCAAGAAUCAGACGCAACAACGGCUCAGAGUCCACCGCCACCUCCGACUCUUUUCGGCGAGGAAGACAAGAGUGAUGAUCAUCCAGCCACAACCCUAACGACCACUUUGAGUGAGCACUUUACCUCUGAGUCUGUAUCAGCUGCAGCCGCUAGUAUGAUGGGAUUUAUGAAGAAGGCGCAGGUCGUGGCAGCUACAGCAGCCAAAGAGGGCGCCGUAAAGGCCCGUAAAGCUCUUGAUGCUGCAGAUAUGGACGCUCUGCAGCGCCGACUGAGUUAUGCACUGGACCGUACAACGGGUGAUGUGAAUCUGGAGCUGCUCAACUUUUCGUACAUAACCGAGAACAUUGUAGCCAUGGGCUUUCCUAACAUGAACUUAGGCACGAACCGCACGCUGCUUAAGGACAACCCGAUUGACUUGGUGGCAAUGUACCUCAAUGGAAAACAUAGUGGUCAUUAUAUGAUCUGGAACUUAAGUGAAGAGACAUAUGACUGCACGUACUUUGACAAUCAAGUACUCGAGUUUAAUUUUCCAGGACACCCAGCACCACCACUUGGUUUAGUGUUUAAGAUCUGCUCGUCAAUUGAGAAUUGGCUCCAGGCUGAUGACAAGAACUUGGCUGCAAUUCAUUGUCUAACGGGAAAAGGAAGAACGGGGACUGUGAUUGCCUGCUACUUGGCAUGGGUGGGCCAAUUCUCCAAUGCCAUGGAAAGCUUGGAGUAUGUUGCUGAGCAGCGACAGACGUCAGUGGAAAAGCUCACUAUUCCGUCGCAACGCAGAUACAUACAGUACUUUAACAACGUAAUGGAAGGCGUGAAGCCGCGAUCGUCGCCGUUGCUGCUACGCCGUAUUAUCAUCAACACUAUUCCUGUGUUUGGAGAACGACGCGUGUUGGAGCAGGCAAAGGACACGUCCACGGACGACGGAUUAGAAACGGUUGAAGUAGAAGGCGAAGCUCUAACAUCGCUAGCUGCUGUUGCUGGAGUUGAAGAAAAGGCAAACGAUGACGAAUUGGUUGAAACAAUUGAAAAGGGUUGCUGCCCAUAUCUGCAGAUUUUCAAGGGCGGAAAGCUUGUCUUUACAACGACGUGGAGUGACAUGGAGGACGGUCAAGGAAUUCAGUGGGCUAGUACAGGUGAUGGUUCAGUGUCCUUUAAUGUGAACUGUAUGCUACAGGGGGAUAUUUUGAUUCGCUGUCGCCAUCUAACGGAUGCUGGAGAGCGCAUAUCGAUGUUCCGUGGCGCAUUUCACACCGGCUACAUUCCGCAGGGCAUUCUGAGAUUGACCAAGGCACAAUUGGAUGGUGCUUGCAGUGACUCCCGCUUCGAUCAGGACUUCUUUGUUGACUUGAUUUUUGCAGAUGUUGAUGCUGAAGGAAAAUCUGCAACGGCAGACACGGACGUUGGUGAACCCGUCAACACACCUAAGAGUGAAGGUGUUUCGUUAAAUGAGGAAGACCGCCAAGCGUAUGAGGACAUGCUUCAUCGUGAUGAGACCUUUUGGCAAGAUAUUGAAGAUCGAAAGACGCGACUUCAAAAGCUACGCAAAGAGCAGUUUAGAAAGAAACAGGCGGAGGCAGAGGCGAAGGCCGCCGAGGCUGAAGCAAAGGCGAAGGCUAGGGCUGAGACCGAGACAGCGAAAAAGGAGCAGGUCGCACAAAAGCAAAAAUCAUUCAGCAUUAAUGGCACAGAUGAUUACACUGUCUCGAAGGAGAAGACUACUCGCAAAGGUAGUUGGAGUGAGGAAAAGGACAAGGAACUCAUGAGCGAGCUCGAGUCUCUAACUGGUGGGGCUUUGACUAAGGCUGUCACAGACGUUGACGGAGCCAAUCUGGAAGAAAAGGCUGUCUAUGCAGCAAAAGCUACGAGCGAUAUGGAUGAUUCUAAUGGUUUGUCGGAGGAGUUUGAUGAGUUGAAGACUCUGGAGAAAGAGCUGGGUCUGCAAUCGCUCUCUGGUGAUUUGGCGAGCCUUUCCGAUGGCAAGAUCGACCCUCAACUCGAGCUGUUGGAUGCUGAGCUUGAGGGUAUCGAGGGAUUGUCACCGAAGGCCGAUGACUGUACCGACGACGUUAUGAAUUUCGAAGCAGACGAUUUUGAGGAGCUGGAAGAGUAUUUGAGUGGCCUAACGACCAAGUGA